GGCCAGGGCUGGGUGCACACUCGGCGCAGGGCGGCCGUGCACGAUGUGCCCGGGAGCUGCAGCUCCCUGCGGGCCGCGGGCGUGAGGCGGUGCUGGCGGGGCGCGGCGGAGCGCAGCGGCGGGGCUGGCUGCCGCCGGCUGGGGACAGCCCCGCUCCUAUGGCCCGCUCGGUGGGGCCGGCUCCUCUCCCGCGGGCGCGGCGGGGCGCGGCGCGGGCCUGGCAGCGGGGCUGGGCAGCAUGACCGCCAGCUGCCACCCCGCUGCGCUCGCCGCCAGCACCCAAGCGCGACCUUGAUGCUCCGCGUUCCCGCUCUACAAAUAUGAUGAAAUGGCAGCCCCGGAAGAAGGCAUACUUCCGACAGGGUGUGGCCCUGCAGUACCUGGGACGCCAUGCAGAUGCGCUGGCAGCCUUUGCCUCGGGACUGGCUCAGGAUCCCAAGAGUCUUCAGCUUCUGGUUGGCAUGGUCGAGGCCGCCAUGAAGUCUCCCAUGCGAGAGUCCCUGGAGCCCACCUAUCAACAACUGCAGAAGAUGAAGCUAGACAAGAGCCCUUUUGUUGUGGUGUCUGUGAUCGGCCAGGAACUUCUGACUGCAGGCCACCACGGGGCCUCUGUGGUGGUGCUAGAGGCUGCCCUGAAGAUCGGCACCUGCAGCCUGAAGCUGCGGGGAUCGGUGUUCUCUGCCCUGAGCAGCGCCUACUGGUCCCUCGGGAACACAGAGAAAAGCACUGGAUACAUGCAGCAGGACUUGGAUGUAGCCAAGUCUUUAGGUGACCAGACGGGAGAAUGCCGAGCUCACGGGAACCUGGGCUCCGCAUUCUUCUCCAAAGGAAACUACCGGGAGGCCCUGACCAACCACAGACACCAGCUGGUGCUGGCCAUGAAACUCAAGGACAGAGAGGCAGCAUCCUCAGCACUGAGCAGUCUGGGCCACGUGUACACAGCUAUUGGGGACUACCCAAACGCAUUGGCUAGCCACAAGCAGUGUGUCCUCCUCGCAAAGCAGUCCAAAGAUGAGCUCUCUGAGGCACGGGAGCUGGGCAACAUGGGAGCAGUGUACAUUGCAAUGGGGGACUUUGAAAACGCAGUGCAGUGCCACGAGCAGCACCUUAAGAUCGCCAAGGAGCUGGGGAACAAGCGGGAGGAAGCUCGAGCCUACAGCAACCUGGGCAGCGCCUACCACUACCGCAGGAACUUCGACAAAGCCAUGUCCUACCACAACUAUGUGCUGGAGUUGGCUCAGGAGCUGGCUGAGAAGGCCAUUGAGAUGCGAGCUUAUGCUGGCUUGGGCCACGCAGCUAGGUGUAUGCAGGACCUGGAGAGAGCUAAGCAGUACCAUGAAGAACAGUUGCACAUCGCUGAGAGCCUGCAGGACCGAGCUGCUGAAGGCAGAGCCUCCUCCAAUCUAGGAAUCAUUCACCAGAUGAAAGGCGACUACGACACGGCGCUGCGGCUGCACAAGACGCACCUGUCCAUAGCUCAGGAGCUGAGCGACUACGCGGCCCAGGGCCGUGCCUACGGCAACAUGGGCAACGCUUACAACGCCCUGGGCAUGUACGACCAGGCUGUCAAGUACCACCGGCAGGAGCUGCAGAUCUCCAUGGAAGUCAACGACCGCGCCUCGCAGGCGUCUACGCACGGGAACCUGGCGGUGGCCUACCAGGCGCUGGGUGCCCACGACCGCGCUCUGCAGCACUACCAGAAUCACCUCAACAUCGCCCGCGAGCUGCGCGACAUCCAGAGCGAAGCGCGGGCCCUCAGCAACCUGGGCAACUUCCACUGCUCGCGCGGAGAGUACGCGCAGGCAGCCCCCUACUACGAGCAGUACCUGCGCCUCUCGCCGGAGCUGCAGGACAUGGAAGGGGAGGGGAAGGUUUGCCAUAACCUUGGCUAUGCCCACUACUGCCUCGGGAACUAUGAGGAAGCUGUCAAGUACUACGAGCAGGACCUUGCCUUAGCGAAGGAUCUUCACGACAAGCUGAGCCAAGCCAAAGCCUACUGCAACCUGGGCUUGGCCUUCAAAGCCUUGAUGGACUUCAACAAAGCAGAGGAGUGUCAAAAGUACUUGUUGUCACUGGCCCAAUCUCUGAACAAUUCCCAGGCCAAAUUUCGAGCUCUGGGAAACUUGGGGGAUAUUUUUGUCUGUAAAAAAGACGUAAAUGGUGCAAUAAAGUUUUAUGAGCAGCAGUUGAGCUUAGCCCAUCAUGUUAAAGACAGGAGACUGGAAGCCAGUGCCUACGCAGCCUUGGGCUCUGCAUACAGAAUGAUCCAGAAGUGUGACAAGGCUCUGGGUUACCACACGCAGGAGCUGGAGGUGUACCAGGAGCUGGGAGAUCUGCCGGGUGAGUGCCGAGCGCACGGGCACCUCGCCGCAGUGUACAUGGCGCUUGGGAAGUACACCAUGGCUUUCAAGUGUUACGAAGAGCAGCUGGAGCUCGGGCAGAAGCUGAAGGACCCCAGCAUAGAAGCCCAAGUCUACGGUAACAUGGGCAUUACCAAGAUGAACAUGAAUGUCAUGGAGGAAGCUAUUGGCUAUUUCGAGCAGCAGCUGGCCAUGCUGCAGCAGCUCAGCGGAAACGAAUCUGUGCUAGAUCGGGGCCGAGCGUAUGGGAACCUGGGAGAUUGUUACGAGGCUCUGGGAGACUUUGAGGAAGCUAUAAAGUAUUAUGAGCAGUACCUGUCUGUGGCACAGAGCUUGAACCGUAUGCAAGACCAGGCAAAGGCCUACCGGGGCUUGGGCAACGGGCACAGGGCUAUGGGGAGUUUGCAGCAGGCUCUGGUGUGCUUCGAGAAGCGGCUUGUGGUGGCACAUGAGCUGGGGGAGGCAUUUAACAAGGCCCAGGCCUACGGGGAGCUGGGCAGCCUGCACAGCCAGCUGGGCAACUACGAGCAGGCCAUUUCUUGCCUGGAGCGCCAGCUGAACAUCGCCCGGGAGAUGAAGGACCGAGCGCUGGAGAGCGACGCUGCCUGCGGCCUCGGCGGCGUCUACCAGCAGAUGGGCGAGUACGACACGGCCCUGCAGUACCACCAGCUGGACCUGCAGAUUGCCGAGGAGACCAACAACCCCACCUGCCAAGGCAGGGCCUACGGCAACCUGGGCCUGACCUACGAGUCCUUGGGCACCUACGAGAGGGCAGUGGUCUAUCAGGAGCAGCACCUCAGCAUUGCGGCACAGAUGAACGACCUCGUAGCCAAAACCAUGUCCUACAGCAGCCUGGGGAGGACUCAUCAUGCCUUGCAGAACUACUCUCAGGCUGUGAUGUACCUGCAAGAAGGAUUGAGGCUGGCAGAGCAGCUGGGACGCAGAGAAGACGAAGCCAAAAUCCGCCACGGCCUUGGUCUCUCCCUCUGGGCGAGUGGGAAUUUGGAGGAGGCUCAGCACCAGCUGUACCGGGCCUCAGCACUGUUUGAAACCAUCCGCCACGAGGUGCAGCUGAGCACAGACUACAAACUGUCUCUCUUUGACCUGCAAACAUCUUCCUACCAGGCCCUGCAGCGAGUACUUGUCAGUCUCGGUCACCACGAUGAGGCAUUGGCAGUAGCAGAGAGAGGACGAACGAGGGCAUUUGCUGAUCUGCUUGUGGAACGUCAGACUGGGCAGCAGGACUCUGAUCCCUAUUCUCCAGUUACCAUUGACCAGGUCCUGGAGACAGUGAAUGGCCAAAGGGGGCUUGUUCUCUACUACUCACUGGCUGCAGGUUAUCUGUACAGCUGGCUGCUGGCUCCUGGGGCAGGGAUUCUGAAGUUCCACGAGCAUUAUCUGGGUGACAGCCUGACAGAGAAUGCUGGGGACUUCCAGGAAGCCAGCAGCGGGAGCCUGCAGACAAUGACCAACUCGGCACUGGAGCAGUUCAUCGCCAGCGUGCGCGAGGCGCUGGGGGUGGACUCCUACUACACCCGAGCCUGUGCCAGCAGCGAGACCGAGAGUGAAGCUGGGGAUAUCAUGGACCAGCAGUUUGAGGAGAUUAAUAACAAGCUGAACUCAAUGACUGACCCAACUGGCUUCCUGAGGAUGGUCAGCAGGAACAACCUCUUGAACAGGAGCUGUCAGAGCAUGACCAGUCUGUUCAGCAGUACCAUGUCUCCUGUUAAGGAUGGAACAUCAUCUCUUCCAAGGAGGCAGACUUCCUUCACCAAGCCCCCGCUCCGUGCGCUCUACGACUUACUGAUAGGACCUAUGGAAGGAGGUCUGAUGCAUUCCAGUGGGCCUGUUGGCCGCCACCGCCAGCUGAUCCUGGUUCUGGAGGGAGAACUGUACCUCAUUCCUUUCGCUCUCCUGAAGGGCAGUUCCUCCAACGAGUACCUCUACGAGCGCUUCAGCCUCAUUGCAGUGCCAUCCAUCCAGUCGCUGAACCCCAGCUCCAAGUCCCAAGCAAAGAAGAAUACUCCUGCUUACUCCAGUUCUACCUCAAUGGCAGCUGUAAUAGGAAAUCCCAAGCUCCCUCCAGCAGUUAUGGACAGGUGGCUCUGGGGGCCUAUGCCCUCUGCAGAAGAGGAAGCGUACAUGGUAUCUGAGUUACUUGGCUGCCAGCCUUUAGCUGGCAGUGCAGCAACAAAAGAGAGGGUCAUGAGUGCCCUCACUCAGGCAGAAUGUGUCCAUUUUGCAACCCACGUCUCCUGGAAACUGGCUGCUUUGGUCCUGACGCCCAACACUGACAGCAAUCCAGCCAGCAGCAAGAGUUCUUUUGGGAACCCCUACACAAUCCCAGAAUCCCUUCGAAUGCAGGAUGAUGCCAGUGAUGUGGAGAGCAUCUCAGACUGCCCUCCUCUUCAGGAGUUCCUGCUCACAGCAGCUGAUGUCCUGGAUCUGCGGCUUCCUGUCAAAUUAGUAGUUCUUGGCUCUUACCAGGAAUCCAACAGCAAAGUCACUGCUGAUGGAGUCAUUGGCUUGACAAGAGCCUUCCUGGCUGCUGGGGCUCAGUGUGUCCUCGUGUCCCUCUGGCCUGUUCCUGUGGCUGCUUCCAAGAUGUUUGUUCAUGCUUUCUAUUCCUCUCUCUUAAAUGGGAUGAAGGCCAGUGCAGCCCUUGGAGAAGCAAUGAAAACUGUACAGAGCAGCAAGCAGUUCUCCCAUCCAUCCAACUGGGCAGGCUUCAUGCUUAUUGGGAGUGAUAUGAAGUUGAACAGCCCUUCCUCCCUGGUGGGACAGGCCCUGACUGAGAUUCUGCAGCACCCUGAAAGGGCUCGAGAUGCUCUGCGUGUCCUACUGCAUCUGGUGGAGAAGUCGUUGCAGCGGAUCCAGAAUGGGCAGCACAACUCCAUGUACACCUCCCAGCAAAGCGUGGAGAACAAAGUUGGUGGCAUCCCAGGCUGGCAAGCACUGCUGACUGCGGUGGGCUUUCGGCUGGACCCUCCGGCCAGCGGCCUGCCGGCAGCGGUGUUCUUCCCAACCGCCGACCCCGGCGAGCGGCUGCAGCAGUGCAGCACCACCAUCCAGUCCCUCCUGGGUUUGCCGAACCCUGCACUUCAGGCACUUUGUAAACUUAUCACAGCUUCAGAAACAGGAGAACAGCUUAUCAACAGGCUCCAUCAAGUCCUGGUUCAACUUCAGGCAGGUGAGAAGGAGCAAGAUUUCUCUUCUGCACCAAUCCAGGUUUCCAUCAGUGUCCAGCUCUGGAGGCUGCCUGGCUGUCAUGAGUUUCUGGCAGCUCUAGGUUUUGACCUUUGUGAAGUUGGCCAAGAAGAGGUGAUUCUGAAAACUGGAAAACAAGCUAAUAGGAGGACCAUGCACUUUGCUCUACAAUCCUUGCUGGCACUUUUUGAUUCUACAGAGCUGCCUAAGCGCCUCAGCCUGGACAGUUCUUCAUCCCUAGAGUCACUGGCUUCUGCUCAGUCUAUUUCCAACCCUGCACCCCAGUACCAGAACCCUCCAUUCUCUCCUCCUUGUCCAGACAGCAUUGCAUCAGAUGCCAUUUCUGUGUAUAGCCUGAGCUCCAUUGCUUCCUCCAUGAGCUUUGUUUCCAAGCCAGAGAACAUGCCAGAUGGUGUGGGACACAGAGGACGCCAGGACUACGAGAGGCCCAAGAACGUCUAUCCACACAGGUCUGCAGUACAGAGCCAGUUGUCACCACAGGCCAGCACUGCAGCCAGCAAAGAUGAGGAAGAGUAUGAAGGGUUUUCUAUAAUCAGCAAUGAGCCUCUGGCCAGUUACCAGGAAAACAUAAAGCCAAGAUUUUCUCCUGAUCACAAACAGACCAGAACUGGUCAGACCGGAGGCACUAAAGAGUCUGUCAACCCCAAAAGGAGUGUAAGUACCCCAAAUUCUCCUGUUAAAAUGACUCUUAUUCCCAGUCCAAAUUCACCUUUCCAGAAAGUUGGGAAACUUGCAAGUUCUGAUACUGGGGAAUCUGACCAGUCUAGCACUGAGACUGACAGCACUGUCAAAUCCCAGGAGGACAGUAAUCCAAAGCUCGAUCCACAAGAGCUGGCCCAAAAGAUUCUGGAGGAAACUCAGAGUCACCUCCUUGCUGUCGAACGUCUUCAGAGAAGCAGCAGCCAAAUAAGCAAGAGCAGCAAGUCAGACGAUGGAGCCUCCACCCCCACGGGUGUGUCUGCAUUUAGAUCUUCAGAGACCAGUGCAUUCAGCCGCCCGGUCAGCUCCAGUCAGAAGAAUCAGUCUUCACCUCUUGCGAUUAAACCAAAGCCUCCAACAAGGAGCUCAUCCCUGCAGAAGGUGAGCUCUGGCUAUAACAGCCCUACCACGUCGGAGAUGUCCAACAAAGAAGGCACAGGCCAGUACAGUGGGCGGCCGUCUCCAAGUUGUGAUUCGCAUGGGUCCUUAAGCGAGCAGCCUCACUUUAAGCUCAAGUACCCCAGCUCUCCCUACAGCGCCCACAUUUCCAAAUCACCCAGAAAUAACUCGCCAAGCUCAGGGCAUCAGUCUCCUGGUGGCAGCACUCCGUCUCCUGCUCUUUCUUACUCCUCAGCUGGUUCUGCUCGCUCAAGUCCAGCUGAUGCCCCAGACAUAGACAAAUUAAAAAUGGCUGCCAUCGAUGAGAAAGUGCAAGCAAUUCACAACUUAAAGAUGUUCUGGCAAAGCAGUCCCCAUCACUCCCCUGGCCCCAUAAAGAUUCUCCGAGGAGCUCCUGGAACAAUGACUUCGAAAAAAGAUGUCCUCAGCUUGCUCAAUUUAUCUCCACGGCACAAGAAAGAAGACAGUGCAGAUAAGCUGGAACUGAAGGACCUGUCUAUUGAGCAGCACCUUGCUUCUCCACAGAAGAACCCUCCAAACGGGCACAGGCGCCCUGACACCGCCAAUGCAGUGACAUCGACUCAUUCGCCACCUCCCGGUAGCGCUCCGGGGACCACACGAGCCUUGAGGCUGCCGUCUGGGAACGGUUAUAAAUUUUUAUCACCAGGAAGAUUUUUCCCUUCCUCCAAAUGCUGAAAUGGUUUGAGUCCCAGCUGAUGAGUUACAGCCUUGUGAAAGUAUUUGCUUCUGCCCACCUGCCUUUACCAAUACAGAACCAUUCCCUUAAGAAGCCGUGGCCAUACCCACAGCUGGCAAUGCACAGGAAGGUGACAGACUGGCCCUGCCUGUCACUGCAGAGAAACAUGGGCCUUACACAGAUGGGUUUGGGUUUCUCUUACAAGGACCUUGGCCAGACUUACUUGAUAACAGGUUCUACGUAGUGUUCAGUAUUUGCAGCAACAGGUCCAAGGAAUCAGGUUGUCUGUUGAUAAAACAUUAGCUUUUAAGCCACCUGCUUGUAUUUCUUAACCUAACCAGAGGUUUUACAACUGGCUUUUUAUACAGAGAUGAUACAUAUCAGGGAUUGGAGAGGGAAGGGAGAGGAGGCAGAGCUUCCAUGUAUAGCACCAAGUAUGCACAGGCUCUGCCUAGAGAAGUAGAGCCAUUUGAUUGCUUUCAAAGGCUGGCAGAGAGGCCAACACACCUCUAGAUACCUCUGCUGAGUUAGCUGAACACAAGAAAUGGCUGGCGAUGGCGCUCCACAGCGGCAUGAUACUGGCAGUUCUCCUGCAUCGUUUAGAGGAUGGUGAAACAAGGACAAGAGGACAGGUGCCCCAUUCUAAAACCUGUGUCUUGGGUAGCUCUUUUCUGGAGAGAAACCUUUUGGGUGAUACUUUGCUGGCUGGUCUGCUCAAAGGAAGUGUCUGGGCCACAACAAGCAAGGUGAGCCUCAGUGAGGUAGUGAGCGUGUGACAGAGGGACAAGUUCUGGGUUCGCUGAAUGCUCUGAUCUUUCUGGCACACAGCAUUAGGAAGGUGAAGUUUGCAUUUUGGCAAGUGUUUGGGUAGUGUCUUCUGUUUGGUAAGUGUACGGGAAAGGGUUACAGGCACUGAAGCUCAGAACCUUAUCUUAAAGGUCCUCACUUGUCAGGAAUGUGAGAUCAGUGAGUGUGAUUUGGAAAUCACCUGACCAAACAAAUCCUUCCCUGAUCCUGUGAAAUCAUUCCCCAUAGCUCAGCACGGUCAGGACUACAAGCCUGUCCCCUGCUGUGGAAGCAGGUUCCUCCUGGAGCGAGCCUGCCAGCUGGAGCAGAGGCCAGAGCUCAUGCAUGGGGUGGCUGUGUGCAGAGCCUGUGUCCCUCUAGCCCUGGAGGAGAGAGAAGCAGGAGCACCCGAGGGUGAUGUGUCAGUUGGCAUUCUGAGGCUGGCUGGUGUUUAGGUGUUAGGGAUCACGUUGGGCAUCGCUCCUGAGCGGCUGGCGAACGCGGUGAUGCCAUCAGGAGCAAAUGGUCAUUGACAUGCACUGAACACUGCGGGCGCUGGCAGCACCAGCUUGGCCACGCUGCACAGGCAGCUCUGAGCCAAGGAUUCCCCAGGCCGAGUGCUGUGAAGUCGGAGCACUGGAUCACAGAGGCUUUUGGUUCCUAUUCUGCACUCCCCAAACGCGCUGAGUGACUGAAGGCGACUCACUUCACCUCCCCGUGCCUCGUCUUCCCUUUCUAUCGAAAUGGGGAUAGUAAUACUUACCUACCUACCUCACAGAGGUGUUGUGAGGCUUAAUUAAUUAGGCCCUGAGAUUUAGCAGGAUCUUAAGUCAGCUUCCAGUCUUGCAACUGACUACCUGGAUGGUGAGCGCAGUCAGCCCUGUGAAGGUCUUAGGGGCAUUGCUGCACUUACCAUGUCCGGGUGCUCUUCUUGAAAGUACAGAUCUGAUUGUUUGUGAUUUUCUUAGGGAUCUUGGAGGAGAAGCAUUGAUAGCAGGACAGGGGAUUCCAUUCUGAUACCAGAGUAUAAAAUUGUUUAGGCUCAGCUUACUCAUGGUGUGUGUAUCAAACACUUGCUUUGAGUAUAUUCUAGAAUCCACUGGGUAGGAGAGAAUGUUUUGAGGUUUGCCGUUGCAAGAAAUCAACACAAGCACUAAAGGCAAAGAACAUCAGGCUGUGUUGCUACUGUCAGCUGACAAGGGAUGGGUGAUCACAGGAGUUUCGGUGCAGGAAGACAAAAGGAGCAGUUCCUCUACUCGAGUUAGGCAAUGUAGCAGAACAGUUUGAGUCAAUCUGUUCGAGUCGUUAUUUGUCUGUACGUUCCAUCUUUCUGUGAUGGUUUGGUGCUAGAUAUCAUGUUCUCGUCUCUUGGCAGGAGAGAUUACAGCAGGGGGCCAAAAUGAGUCAGCGCAGGGUCUGCCCACCGUGGAGACCGUGGCACUGCUGAGCAUGCAACUUUCUCAGGUCACAGGACCGCUGAGAGACUUCAUGUGACUGUUUCUGACCAGCAUAACUGUUUCAAAACGACAUCCCCGGAACAUCCAGGAUGGAAGUGGGCAGCUUUUUGUUUAUAGCAACAGCAAAUACUCCCUGUAGUGCUGCAUAACAUGCAAGACAUAAGCCUCUUUACUUGUAGUUUUUACUACCAUGACUAAAGGAUCUUUUAAUCUGUAGAAGUUCUAUCUUGCCAUUUUGGUACAACCCAUUUUCAUGCUGCCAGUAGGUUUUGUACUGGCUUGAAGUUUUGAGAAAGACCUAAAUUGGGAGCUUUGGAGGGGGGGUGGGUGGGACGGGGUGGUUGUUCUGUUGUUUUUUGAGGAGAGGGGAAGCAUUAGAAACAGGGAAGGGUUCAGAUGUAGAGGAAGUUCAGUCUUUGGGAAAUUGGUGUUGUAUAAAUAUGGAAGGUGAGUGUCACUAGAACAAGUCCUUUGGGAAUGUGUUUCCGUUGACUUGCCACAGGGCACUUCUGUUGGCUUGAUGAGAGCCAUGAAGAUGCAUGCUUGCUCAUGGCCGGGAGACACUUCACACACCUUGUGCCUCACUCCUCCACCCCCUGAAUGAGAAACAAGUCCUUUGUGAGGGAAAAAAAAAACAACAAAAAAAAGCAGAGAGUUUUUAUCAGGUUUGCCCAUUAUGUGGAGAAAUUCAGGAAACGAAAAUGAGAUGUUCUCUGUGUGGUAUUAGAAUCCCUUCUGUGGCGUUGAAAUGCAUUUGUCGUUGUUGUAUUUGUGCAUGGUACAAGUGAUGACAACACUGCUUAAUACAGUGAGCAAUAAGAAUUAGGUAUUUUCCACUUUCACGUCAAACCUGCCACGUGCAACCAUUCCCUGAGGCCAUAGGAUGCAUUGCAGUUUGGUUUUGCCCAGUUAUGUUUCACUGUGUGAGAUUACAGAUUACUUUAUUGACUGUCUUUAGCUCCAGCUAAAUGGGAACAGUAAACCAGCUCUGAUCGACAUCCACUUGAAUUGGGUUUUGUUGGUUAGCCCUGUACCCUGGCCUGAUUUGCCUUCCUUUUAAUCAUACCUUACUUAAACAAAGAAAAAGCAUUGAAGGGGUGCUACACCCACCACUAUCAUUCUGAACCAUAUUUCCUUUCAUUAGGUCAAACUCAUUCUCUGAACACCUCUUUCAAGUUGCAGAAUAGAUCCAGGUGCACAGAAGGACCUGUGGAUCUGUUAGGAAACACUGGUAGUUUCAGGCUAGGUGGUAAUCAUGGGUUUGAGCAGUUCCAGGUUCAUUGCCAUGCUGUCCAGAAAGGCUGCAGAUGUGUGUGGGAAAAAGUUGGCCCCUGGCUUGGAGAACUCCUUCAAAAGAGCGUUGAAGAUGGUAACUCAGAGAGGACUGUCAGCAAAGACUCUUGCAAGCAGCAGCCCUUUAGCACUUGCUCUCUCCCUGUAUGCAGUGUUAGCCAUGUUUGGCCUAUAUGGACUUUCUUUGUAAAUUAAAACUCUGUUUCCAGACAGCAUUAAACUUUUUAUAUUAUGAAAUUUACCAUGUAAAAAGAUUUUCAUAUUUUUAUUGAAAUUGCUAAGGCAUUUGGCCUUCUUUCUUUGUGAUUUCAGUGUCUAUUAAAGCAUGAGUUCUCUCAGUA